UGUUGCAAUGAUCAAUAAUAUUUGUAGACUCUGUGGUAAAAAUACCGCCAAAGAAAACUCAUUAAGAAUUUUUGAAAACAAAAAUAUUCUUUGGAACAUUCAAGUUUUAACGGGAUUAGUCUUGGAAAAUGCAAAAUGUUUGCCGGAACUUAUAUGUAGCAGCUGCCAGAAGGAAUUGCACGAGGCGAUCACAUUUAGCGAUAAAGUAAUUGCCACACAGCAACAACUUCUGUUGGCGUUAACUGAGGACGAGCUACAGGAAGUAUCCAAGGAGUAUAAGACAGUCAUAACGGAACAAGCUAUCAGCAGUUGUGAGAAAUCAGUUGAUCAAAACAACACUGAAGCUCAAGAUGAGCUAAUUGAGGAGUCAAUCAUUGAAACCAACCUGAUAGCAGAAGAUAUUAUUAUAGAGGAACAAGACAAGCCUGAUGAUUUACUGGAAUACGAUAUAAUCAUAAAUGAUGACACAAUCGUACAGGAGGCUGAAAUAGACGUUCGAACUUUGGAAACAAUAGAAACAACUGAUGAAGACCAAUAUAUAUUGGUUAACGAGCCCGAUGGAAAUACAUCUUCCGCAGAUUACAUGCUGAGCGAGAAGGAGUGGAGUGACGAAGGUAUAAUAUUAACUAAGGAAGUAAACGGCGACGAAGCCGUAGAGCCACAAAAUAACAUUAAAAAUAAACGAGGUAGAAAACGACUCGGGAACCUAAUAUUUGUUUGUUAUGAAUGCGGAAUUCAUAUAUCCGGGCGUGUGGCCUUCGACUUGCACUGUAGACGACAUCGUGGUGACAAGCAAUUCGAAUGCACCAUUUGCCAGAAUCGUUUUUGCACAAGCUCUGAAUUAAAGAGCCACAUGCGCAGGCACACCGGGGAACGCCCCUUUCCUUGUCACUAUUGUGAUCGAUACUUCGCCGACAAUAGUACUCGGAUUAAGCAUGAGCGGACACACACCAAUGAGCGACCGUAUGCAUGCGAGACCUGUGGAAAGGCCUUCACCACAACCUACAUACUUAAGAAUCAUAUGCUCACUCAUUCUGGCGAACGCGCCUUCAGCUGCGAGCCGUGCAACAAAACCUUUCGCCGACAUACUCAUCUUGUUACACAUUUUCGGUCUAGAGCUCACAAACGUAAACGAGAACGCCAAAGCAAAGAUAUUUUAAGUACAAGUUAGCAUGACUUAAAGAGGCAUAUCUACGCUUUGUAUCAACUU